AAGCCCCUCCCUUCAUGUACACACGUACACAGAGAUAGUCCUUACUUUAUCUCUGACCAGAACAACAACAGGGCAUGGGUUGGAUCUAGCUAGCUACAGUAUAGUAGCCAUGGCUGUCGUGGCAGAUCAUGCAGUGGUGGAGAUGGAGAUAUCUUUAACUGUGGAGGAGAGGCUGGACAAGCAGAGAUGGUACAUUGGUGAGGUGACCCAGGAGGUUGCAGAGUCCCUACUCUCCUCCAAUAAACAGCCUCACUCCUUCGUGGUCUUCACUCAACCAGACACUCGACAGUACAUUCUCAGUGCAAGGUUUCCACUGGAGGGGUUAGAGGAUGGAGUUAUUGAACAUCUGGCCAUUCUCUGUGAGGAGGGAAGGUGGUGCAUCACUGGACAGACGGACGAGUACGAUGAUGUCAUCGAGGCUGUGAACUGUUACGUGUUGACCUUUGACCCUCCACUGAUGCCAGCUCUCCAGGGAAAGAGUUUCGAGACUCAGUUCAGUGUCACUAGUGCACCCCCCGAAUAUGACAAAGCCAACAGAGUACUAAAACCCGACAUAGCUCCCCUACCAGACAUAACCAAAGUCAAAGUAGCCGACGAGAAAACAGUGGAAGCUCAGAGUGGGCGUAUCUCCCCCACUGGAAGAAGAGGUAGUGAUAAUAAUGACAGCCAUUCUAAUAUUGCGGCGAGGACAAGGCUUGAGCAAGCGAACAGGAGUACCUGGCAUCGGUACAGCGAGCACCAUCGCUGUCACCCUAAGAACGUUUGCUCGGGUUGCUGCUAUAGACCACGUACACUAGAUGAGUGGAGUGGGCAUAGCGACAGCCUCGAGUAUGAUCGACAUUGGUGGAGUCCAAAGGGGUCAGGGCCACUGAGGGUGCUAGGACUGCUCCUGUUGUGGUUGUUCUGUUCUCCAUGCAUCGGCUGCCACAUAUGGCAUGCAGAGGGAACUGGAUAUUGUCUACUGUGGUGUUGUUGCUCUUUGUGGUUGGACUUUGAUGCAUUUAAUGAUGAUGAUGAUGACUCCUAAUGACAUGGUGGCGUUUUUAAUUGAUUUUUAUCAUGUAGAUUUUGUGUUCAAACAGUAAAUUACUGUUUUGGAGUCUGACUAGCUACACAUGUAUACUUAUUUAUUCUGACUCGAUCUCAUGCAUAUUUAUUGUUUCAUCUGUAUGUACACAUGUCGUUACGAUGAUGCACAGAUAAUCCAUUUAUUAAACAUAUACAA